AUGGGGUAUACGUCUAGUGGAACUGGGAGGGCGGCGCACGAGGCGCUGCUAGCUCGUCAGGAUGCAGAGCUGCGUUUGAUGGAGACAAUGAAGCGAAGUUUACAAGCUAAGAUGAAGAGUGACAGGGAAUAUGCCCUAGCGCUGUCGGCCGCCGCGGCGCAAGGACAAAAGAUGGACAAAUGCGAGGAAUUGAACGGAUCAGUGAUAGCAUCGGCAUGGCGUACAAUGACUGAAGAGUGGGAGAACACCAGCCGCCUCAUCAAGACCAACGCUGAAGCUCUAGAAUCCAGGGCCCUGGACCGCCUCAACACGCUCAUGGCCGAACGAAGGAAAGCACGCAAAGCCUACCAGGAGGAUCACACGAAAAUUUCGUCGCAGUUCGCUCAGCUAAGCGAAGAGGUGCAAAGAAAGCAAAGCGAAUACCAAAAGUGUCUCGAAUCUUACAAGCAGAUGCGCGCUAAGUUCGAGGAGAAUUACCUAAAAUGUCCUACAAGUAGAGGAGGUAGAAAACUAGAUGAGACCAGAGACAAGUAUGGCAAAGCCUGCCGUCGGCUCCACAGAGCACACAAUGAGUAUGUGCUUCUAUUGGCUGAGGCGACUGAGUGUGAAAGAGCGUUGCGAACGGCCGCCUUACCAGCUAUAUUGGAUCAGCAAAGGCGGCAAGGAGAAGCUACCGCAUCUUCUUGGAAGGGAAUUUUACUUGAAGUCGUACAAAGAUCAGACUUUAGCACAGAUAAGUUUAAGGAGAUUCAGAGCAAGUCAGAAACGACUGUCCAAAAUCUGAAACCGCAAGAAGAGUAUAGGGACUUCAUGGAGAAAUAUAAAUCACCUCCUUCAACACCAGUCACCUUCACCUUCGACGAAAGCCUGGUGGAAGACACUAGUGGAAAGCUUCAACCAAACCAGUUAACAGUAGACAAUUUAACGGUAGAAUGGUUAAAGGAAAAGUUAACAGAACUGGAGUCAGUGCUGCAGGAUAAUAGAGAGAAGCAAACAGCUUUACAGGGACCGGAAAUUAUUGGGAACGGUGUCUGUAAGAACAAUAAUACUGGAAUGACUAAUGGUGUUAACGGAAUUGACAGGCAUUCACCACCACCAAUACCAGUAACUACUUCAGAACCCAUUAAGCUUUUAGAGCUUCGGAUAGCAGAAAGGAAAUGUGCCAAACAAGCAGAGAUGAUACGUUCAGCACUCGCUGAGUUGGGCUGCGAGGAGGCACCAAGUGGUUGUCCGGAUCUAUCUGCUGAAACUGUAGGAGUUGAUAGUUUGGAUGGCAGUUCACCGGACCAUCAGGUGAGCGCAAGUGAGACAGAACGAUCCCUGGUUGACCAGGAAUGGUUCCACGGGGUUCUACCGAGGGAGGAAGUGGUGAGGCUACUAAGAAAUGAUGGAGACUACCUGGUGCGUGAGACCACGCGAAAUCACGCGAGGCAAUUGGUGCUGUCCGUCUGUUGGGGACAGCAUAAGCAUUUUAUUGUUCAGACCACACCAGAAGGUCACUAUAGGUUCGAAGGAGCUGCUUUUCCAUCAGUAGCUGAGUUAAUAGCGUGGCAGCGAGCCAGUGGCGUGCCAGUAACCGCGCGCUCCGGGGCGCUACUACGUCGUGCCGUGCCCAGGGAAACCUGGGAACUCAACAAUGACCACGUGCAGUUGUUGGAUAAAAUCGGUCGAGGUAAUUUUGGUGACGUAUACAAAGCGCGUCUAAUAACAACGGGACAAGAGGUUGCUGUGAAGACCUGUCGCGUGGCGUUACCGGAGGAACAAAAGCGAACCUUCCUGCAAGAGGGACGGAUUCUUAAGCAGUACCAACAUCCCAACAUCGUGAGACUCAUCGGUAUUGCUGUUCAGAAGCAGCCUAUCAUGAUUGUGAUGGAGCUAGUGUCAGGUGGAUCCCUGCUUACCUUCUUACGAACGAGAGCCCAGAACCUGAGCUCUCGGUCACUCUUGGCGAUGUGUCGCGACGCAGCCGCUGGAAUGCGAUACUUAGAGUCAAAGAGUUGCAUCCACAGAGACCUGGCUGCUAGGAACUGCUUAGUCGGUGAUGAUAACAUCGUCAAGAUAUCGGACUUCGGGAUGUCGAGGGAAGAAGAAGAAUAUAUAGUGUCUGGUGGCAUGAAGCAGAUACCGAUUAAGUGGACCGCACCGGAGGCUUUGAACUUUGGUAAAUAUACGUCUCUAUGCGACGUGUGGAGCUAUGGUGUGCUCGUGUGGGAGAUAUUCUCAAAAGGUGACACGCCCUAUGCUGGCAUGAGCAACUCGAGGGCAAGAGAAAAAAUCGAUCAGGGUUAUCGCAUGCCAGCGCCCGAGAGUUGUCCCGAAGAAGUUUACGCCCUGAUGCUUCGUUGUUGGGAAUAUGAACCAGAGAAACGGCCGCAUUUCAAUCAAAUAUACACAAUAAUUGACAAUAUCUACAAUAGAUAG